AUGGCUGCCAGAUCCCGUCAUAGAAGCAGCAAACUGGAGUGUCGCACACCGGCGCAAGAUCUGGCACAGCUGCGGACGUUGCUGCAAAGCUUCUUCGAUGCACGUGGUGCGGAUCUAGCGGUCUCCGAUGCGGACGCAGAGAAUGUCUUAGCUUGCGGUCAGGAUCGGGAAGCUCUGACAACAACUUUGCAUACGUUGCUGCAGGCCGGAUUGGUUUAUGCAGACUCGGGCAUGCAUGCUGCACGUCGGCUUAUGGAACAGUGGCUGGCGUAUCACGCCGUCUGCACACAGGGGCCCGGACGGAAACUUCGCGAAGGGCUGCCGCAGGACGCCAACCCGCAGUCGCUGGAACUUGCAAGCUCAGCACCGGGAUCGCGACCGGCGGUCGGCCUCCCGCGACGACUACGCGGCAAGCAACCGGAUCCACAUCGACUGAAUCCAUCAACCCCAGUCACAUCACCGCAGUUGCCUCAAACACACGCGGACGUCGCAGAAAACCCAAUGCAAGCAGUCAACGACAUUUUUUCGCUCCGCAUAUGGCCACGGGAAGACGGCAACGAAGAUCCACGCGCGCGACGGGAUCUCGACAUACAACAGGCUGCGGAGCUGCUGACCGAAUCACCUACGUUGCCCGCGUCUACUACGACAGAGACGGCGCGGGACAGGGCAUACCUGCUGCCUCCGUAUCACUGCGCCUUCCGCAGCUGCGUCUUUACGUGCUCGCAACAGAGCGAGUUAGAACAACAUCUGGUCCAGACGCAUCAAAGCCUUCUUCUGCCACUGUCGUUGCAUCCACACGUCACGCACACCAGUCUGAGACAAGCACUGUAUGAGACAUAUUUGCAUCUUUUGCAGUACCGCUGUCAGCAGCUCGCCCCGGUCGCAAAUUGCAGUGUUGAUCGACGAUGCCUCAAACAGUUUCGGAAGAGCCUCACAGAAGGUACACUCGGUGCAGCUGUCUGUUUCGUGUGUGCUCGUCGGUACCCGUUCAUGCCUGCUUGCCGCAAUACAUGCAUCACAUGGGUGCAGGCCCGGGAUCCGAAAACGCGUUUGGUGUUGGGACAGACGUCGGAAAAGCUCGAAGAGAUAUUAGGCUGGAAAACGUUUGAGCAGCGGUACAUUUUACCCCUCGAUGAAAGCACCCAAUCCUCCUUACGCAGUGAAAUGGACUCGUGGACGUGCCACUUUCGUUCCGCCGAGUACGAUGUAAUGCUCGUGGCGUGUUCGGAAGAUAAGCGCUGCAGCGCAGUACCGCCCUGCCGCUCGAACCGCAUGUGUGCUUUGUGUGAAGUGCCCCUUUGCAAAGCUUGCCAGGACAGCCUCUACGGAUGUCAACGCAAACCUGCCGAAGUGGCGGUUUUGAUUAAAGUCGGCAAAAAGCAAGACCUGGAUGUGAAGCAGCAUAUUGUGCACCAGGCCGUCGUUCGCCGGCGGGUCGUGGUGGCUUUGAUCGCCGCAAUGGUAGCGCGUGGCCAUCCUGCGUAUCGGAAUGUUGACAUGGUUGCUGUUACCGAACGGGCCACCAUGUUGCCAGAACACGAUGUUCCGCAGGAAGUAGUGGCCAUGCUAGAGAACGAUGACAGUCUGAGUCAUAUUCAACGACAGAAAGCCGCAAACGCAGUCAAUACUGUCAUGACUGAAGCACAAAUCACUCGUGAGUUUGCACGCAUGUUGAAGCCCAAUGCCGUAGUCUUAGAAAAAACCUGCGCGGGCUUCCAAGAUGUCAACGCGCAACAGGCACAAGUUAGUCGUGAUUGGGUCUUUGGAUUCACUGCGUGGAACUUACUCUUCCGAUCAUCCUUGAAUUUGUCUCGUACUACGGAUGCCUAUUCGCAGACAUACUAUGACGAAGACGAACAAGCGUGGAUUCGCCCAACGGAAAGCCACAUUGAAGCGGCGGCCAAGCAGCUGCUUGCAAGCGUGCAAGAAAGAAUUCAGGCCGCGGAAGCAACUUGGCCGGAACACGAACACGAUACUGUCAUGACUGCAGCAGCAGGUUAUCAACUGCAACCCGCCAGCCGGCAAGAUGCAGAUACCGAAGCAGCAAAAUGGAAGCAACAAUAUUUAGAAGAAGACGUAGUCGCCUUGCAGCUCUUGAAACAGCAUCACUAUCAUCCGUACAAUGAAGCCGCGCAGGCGCGGAUUCCGUUAUCCGGAUGCCAAAAGAGUGAUCGCCCCGGCGUUUGCAAGAGCGAUUUUCCACGUACGUCGUGGCUUUGUAGCGUGGCAUCGGUGCUGUGUCCCUGUCAAUUAAAGAAGUUUGGCAUGCCUGGCAGUGGCCGCAAGAACCGCCUCGGAUCUUUACAUGGCCCGUGUGGAAAUGAGUGGUUGAAUGGCUGUGCGCCAGCAAUGCUGGCUGGAUUGCGCGGCGCCAAUUGUGAUGUCCAGGUCCCGUACCGACUGCCCUACGCUUGCGACAUCUGUGGCACCCGGCUCGAGCCCGAAGCGCGCCGUGCCAUCGCACUAGCUGCGCAGCGUGCGCAAGAUGCGCAGACCGGUUACUGCGCUGACUAUUGCAGCAAAAAUCAACCAAUGGGUUUUGCUGAAAUAAAGGAGUUUCAGAAAGGCCAUGAUCACUUACACGCGCAAGUACGCGGCAGCUCGGUCGAUUGUAUCGGCAAGCGACACGCAAGCAGGUUCCUCAGUGACGCCUACUUGAAGGGGGUUGUCCGCGGUCAAGUGGAAUGCUGCAAUUUACGCGCGCAUCAUCGUGAUGCCACCGUUGUCUCUGCAGAACGCAUUAGCACUACAGCCUUUGAAAGCUUUCCCGGCGGAGCUUUUGUAGACGUGGUGCAACACCUACAUGCCAUAGACCCAUCCGCACCUAGUUCCAAAGUCAGCACUCGGUGGACUCGACGACACUCCUCGGGCGUACGCCAUUUGGCGUAUGUAAAUGUAGCAGAAGUCUAUGGGCACAGACCAGCAUUGUCCGAAAUUUGGUGGCUUUCGCCGUAUGAAUUCGUUGCCUCGUGGCGUGUAACCCUUGCGUGUGUCCCCGCAACCAAGCGAGAGUGGGAGACCCUGGAUGAGACAGGAUGGGAUGUGACAAUAACCGCAGCAGGUCGAAGGCACAUCCAGAAACAGAACGAUCCGGACAAAAAACUCAACUUGCAGCCGGGCGCACACUACACACUCCGAUUGGACGCAUCCAACAAUCGAAUCUUGCUCGACCGCACGACAGCCACCGAAACGUUGCGGCAUCGCUGCUACUUACAACGACGCACGCGCCCCUGCUGCCCACAUUUCGAGAAUUCGCCCGUGCCUCAACAUACAGUCGAUCAGGCGGAACCCAACGCUCGCCUCACGCUGACAUAUUUUCGGGCUUGGACUUUGAACGCAAGGAACGCCUCCGCCACAGUGCCUUUUGCAGGUCAUCUCAAGGGGUCACAACAGACAUGGCUGCAGGCGUUACAAGCGUGGCUCACACGCUUGCCCUGCGAAGAAACCAAACGCUAUGUCGGCAACUUUUUGUCUGUCUAUCGCGUCCGCCCUGUCGAUACCGAUGCCGCCAACAGCGAUGACGAGGCUGCAGAUGAACCUCUACUCGUCACCGCUGCAGCCCUGCCGACUGUCCUGACUACAUCCUUUCGACAGACAGGGAAACAAAACCAAACCAAAGCAGCUAGCAAGGCUGAUGCUGCGGCUCUGGCCAGCUACAAAGCGGCGGUUGCACAAGCGGAUGUGAUCUGGCAACCCCCUGCCCGCGCCGUGGCCGACAACAUGCCAAAUCCAUACGAGUCAAUCGAUCCACGCGAAGUUCAGACGAUGCUUAAGACAGCGAAAGCGAACCGCAAAGCAAAAGCGCCAUCUUACGAGCACGCCUCAGAGACCGCCGCAGGAACGUGGCAGGCGCAGGCGCACUGUGUCUCCAAAGAAGUGGACGAAUUCCUCGUAGACAUACGUCAACAACACAAAUGCAACACCGAGCAGUUGCAAUUUCUACAAACGGUUUGUGAACGAAUCCGCGCAGAAGCUCUGACCGGACAGGAUCGGGGAGGUGCUGCCGAAACAAAUACAGAGCCACUACGAUGGGCUUUGCAUGGCGGUCCUGGAACCGGAAAAUCUUAUGUCUUGAACCUCCUUCGCCAAGACUUGUUUCAACAACGUUUGAACUGGCAACAAGGCAAAGAGUUCCAAGUGGUCGCCUUCCAGGCAGUCAACGCCGAACCGUUGGAUGGAGACACUAUCCACGCAGCACUUGGAUUGGCGUGGCACGGCAACGACUCCAGCGUGGACGCGCAACGCAUCCUCGACUUAGCAAGCAGCGCUGUCCAGUGGCGCUGGCUUCUGCUCGACGAAAUCAGCAUGGUCAGUGCCGAAAUGCUGGCUCGCUUGGAAGCACGUUGCCGACAACUGGUGCUCGAUCUGAGUGCCACGAAGUACGGCAAACAUUCCGAUGGGCGCAUCGCCCCCCUUUGGUGGACUCAAUGUGGUUUUGUCCGGUGA